AUGGCACAAAGUUUGAGGGCCCCCAGGAAAAAGGUCAUCUGGGAGAAGGGACCCCUCCUCAACCAGUGGGUCACGAGUUUCAGUCACAGUAGUAGCCUUUCUUUACAUCAAAGAACCCACACAGGAGAGAAACCAUAUAAAUGUAUGGAAUGUGGAAAGACCUUUAAAGAAAGCAGCAAACUUACUUUGCAUCAACGAAUCCACACAGGAGAGAAACCAUUUAAAUGCAUAGAGUGUGGAAAAAGUUUCAGUCAGAUCCAAAACCUUUCUUCACAUCACAGAACCCACACAGGGGAGAAGCCAUAUAAGUGUCUGGAGUGUGGAAAGUGUUUCAGUCAGAGCUCACAGCUUACUUCACAUCAAAGAACCCACACAGGAGAGAAACCAUUUAAAUGCAUAGAGUGUGGAAAGAGCUUCAGCGAUAGUGGAACACUUUCCUCCCAUCAAAGAAUCCACACAGGAGAGAAACCAUUUAAAUGCCUAGAGUGUGGAAAAAGUUUCAGUCAGAUCCAAAACCUUACUUCACAUCACAGAACCCACACAGGGGAGAAGCCAUGUAAGUGUCUGGAGUGUGGAAAGUGUUUCAGUCAUAGUAGAAGCUUUUCUUUACAUCAAAGAACCCACACAGGAGAGAAACACAUAUAUGCAUAGAGUGUGGAAAAAGUUUCAGUCUGAGCCAACACCUCACUUCACAUCAA